GCAGCGUAGGAAUCUAUUUUUAUUAGCUGAUUAUCUAUUUAAUCCUGAGGCGGCUGGUUCAGAGAGAGAGAGAGAUCAGAGUGCACACACACACACACACACACACACACACACACACACACCUGCAGACUAAACACAAAUACCUGUAGAGAAGAACGUGCAAACAGUCAUCAUGUUCAGCUACGGACGGAAAAACUUCACUUGGAACGGGACUCUGAGAGAGCUGGAGGGCAGCUGCACUGCCUUCUGCACAGAGCGAGGUCGAUCCAGAAUGAGCGCCCCCUUGAGUUCCUCCAGUGGUUUGGAGGUGCUCCUGUCCACUCUGCAGAGUGCUGGCGAUGUGGAGAGCACCUUAAACAUCAUCAAUGUGCUGGAUGAACUUCUGUCAGCUGGUACAGACCGUCGUAUCCUCUACAUGAUCAGGAAAGGAGGCAGUGAGGCGCUGCUCUCUGCUCUGGUGAACACGGGACGCAGCUUCACUCCAAACUACAGCGUCCUGCUGCCUCUGCUGCACCUGCUAGUGAAAGUUGGUCACAGAGACCGGCGUAUCGGUGUGAAGGCGGAGGACGCUGGAGCCGUGCUGCUGACUCUGAGUCUGCUCAGACACAACAUCUCAAACCCCAGGAGGGCUGCAGCCUGCCUCUGGGUCCUCCAGGUGUUCUCCUCCUCAGUUUCCACAGCAAACCUGAUCGGAGAAAAACCACGGACUGGAUGUGAUCUACCGCCUGAUCCCUCCGUACACCUCCAAACACUGCACACCAUCAAAAUCUCCAGUAUACCCAGCGGAGCAUGCCAGGAGAACCAGGAGUACUGGACCUCUCCGCUGGCUUCAUGCCUGACAUACCAGUUCCUAAUGGGCCAGGACUGA